AUGGCCCGCCUCCCAGCCCAGGCCUCCCAGAGCGCCCUGCGGCGUUUCCGCACGACACCCCGCGGCACCGCCUACGCCCUGCGACACCUGGCCUCCGACAGCAAGCCCCCCGAGCGCGUAUCGAACGAGGACAAGGCGGGCCGGUCGUUCCAGGGCCAGGUGACGGGCAGCAUCACGCAGCGUCUGGCGCGGGAGAGGGCGGAUCGCGAGAGAUUCGCCAACGAGCGUGAAAAGUCGGCGUCAAGCCGGAGCUAUGCCCUGACCUUUGUCCUGCUCUUCACCAUGGGCUCGUCCUACUACCUCGGCACGCUCUACCCGCCCAAGCCCAGCGAGGACUCGACGCUGCCGCUCGACAAGACGAUUGCGCCCGCGCACAAGACCAACAUGGAGAACAUGCAGGCGGCGUGGGCCGACUUUGUGCACAUUCUCGGCAAGGAGCACGUCAGCACGGCGCCCAACGACCUCGACCACCACGCCUCGUCCGAGUGGUCGUCGCACCCGGCCCAGGCGUCGGAGCGGCCCUUUUGCGUCGUCUUCCCCUCGUCGACCGAGGACGUGGCGGCCAUCAUGAAGGUGUGCCACCGGCGCCGCAUCCCCGUCGUCGGCUACAGCGGCGGCACGUCGCUCGAGGGCCACUUUGUGCCGACGCGCGGCGGCGUCUGCGUCGACUUUGGCCGCAUGAACAAGGUGCUGGCGCUGCACGAGGCCGACCUCGACGUCGUCGUGCAGCCGGCCGUCGGCUGGGAGGCGCUCAACGACCAGCUCGGCGCGUCGGGCCUCUUCUUCCCGCCCGACCCGGGCCCCGGUGCCAUGAUCGGCGGCAUGGUCGGCACGGGCUGCAGCGGCACCAACGCGUACCGCUACGGCACCAUGCGCGAGUGGGUGCUCUCGCUGACGGUCGUGCUGGCCGACGGCACCGUCAUCAAGACGCGGCAGCGGCCGCGCAAGAGCUCCGCCGGCUACGACCUCACCAAGCUCUUCAUCGGGUCCGAGGGCACGCUGGGCCUCGUCACCGAGGCGACCCUCAAGGUGACGGUCAAGCCGGCGUCGACGUCGGUCGCCGUCGCCACGUUCCCCUCGAUCCGCCACGCCGCCAACUGCGUCGCCCGCGUCGUGGGCGCCGGCGUGCCCGUCGCCGCCGUCGAGAUCCUCGACGACCUGCAGAUGCGCUGCAUCAACGAGUCGGGCACGACGGGCCGCGCCUGGCAGGAGGCGCCGACGCUCUUCUUCAAGUUUGCCGGCACGGCGCGCGGCGUCAAGGAGCAGGUCGCCCUCGUCCAGGGCUUCGCGGGCCAGGCCGGCGGCAAGUCGUUCGAGUUUGCCCGCAACGAGGAGGAGCAGCACGACCUGUGGAGCGCCCGCAAGGAGGCCCUCUGGAGCACCAUGGCCGUCAAGCGCGACGGCGACCACGUCUGGACCGGCGACGUCGCCGUGCCCAUGAGCCGGCUGCCGGACAUCAUCGAGGAGACCAAGGACGCCAUGGGCAAGAGCGGGCUGUUCGGCACCAUUGUGGGCCACGUCGGCGACGGCAACUUUCACAUCAUCCUGCUGUACAACGACAAGGAGCGCAAGAGGGCCGAGACGCUCGUGCACAACAUGGUCAAGCGCGCCGUCGAGAUGGAGGGCACCGUCACGGGCGAGCACGGCGUGGGCCUCGUCAAGAGGGAUUACCUCCCGCACGAGCUCGGCGAGACGACCGUGGACGCCAUGCGACAGAUCAAGAAGGCGUUCGACCCGCUCUGCCUGCUCAACUGCGACAAGGUGGUUCGGAUGCAGAAGCCCAAGGCGGGCGAGGUCGCCGCGUGGUAG